CACUUCUUUUGCUUUGGCUUCACGAUCCCUCGCUGCUUCUUUCUCUCCAUCCUUUCUUCACUUCAAUUGUACAAUACCAUUGGCCAUUCUGCUCCCUCUCGCAACCACAGCAGCACAGCAUUGCACAGCUCAGCACAGCACCGGAGCCCUUCCGUAGCCCCACUGUCUCAGCAAUCGUCAAUAUGUCUGAGAUUACUCACCCCACCAUCAAGGAUGGCUGGUUCCGCGAGAUCUCCGACAUGUGGCCUGGCCAAGCAAUGACCCUCAAAGUCAAGAAUGUCCUCCACCACGAGAAGAGCAAGUACCAGGACGUGCUCAUCUUCGAAUCCACCGACUACGGCACCGUCCUGGUUUUGGACAAUGUCAUCCAAUGCACCGAGCGGGACGAGUUCGCAUACCAGGAGAUGAUUACUCAUUUGGCAAUGAACUCCCACCCAGAUCCCAAGAAGGUCUUGGUAAUUGGUGGUGGUGAUGGCGGCGUUCUGCGGGAGGUCAUCAAACAUGAUUGCAUUGAGGAGGCGGUCUUGUGCGAUAUCGAUGAGGCCGUUAUCCGCCUCUCGAAGAAAUACCUCCCUGGCAUGGCCAUCAGCUACCAGCACCCCAAGGUCAAGGUCCACGUGGGAGACGGCUUCAAAUUUCUGGACGACUACAAGAACGAAUUCGAUGUUAUCAUUACCGAUUCGUCUGAUCCAGAGGGGCCAGCAGAGAGCUUGUUCCAGAAGCCAUACUUUGAAUUACUCUUCGGAGCUCUCAAGGAAGGCGGAGUUAUCACCACACAAGGUUCUGAGAACCAAUGGCUGCACCUCCCACUGAUCACCAAGUUGAAGAAGGACUGCAAGGAGGUCUUCCCAACCGUUGAAUACGCAUAUACCACCAUCCCCACCUACCCAUCUGGUCAAAUCGGCUUCAUGGUCUGCUGCAAGGAUGCCAGCCGUGAUGUUAGCAAGCCGCUGCGCAAGUGGACUCCUGAGGAGGAGGAUAAGCUUUGCCGAUACUACAAUGCCAAGAUCCACGAGGCCAGCUUCAUUCUGCCAACCUUUGCUCGCGUUGCUCUUCAGUAGAGAGGGAGUUGAGUGGGGGAGUGGUGGGGAUUGGUGGGCAAGGAGAGACAUUUGCUGGGCUGCUAUGAUACCAUGAUGACAGGAGAGACGAGGUCCUGAUGACAUAAAAGUGCUUUUGGCGUUGCUCAUCCGUACUGGGAAUCCAAGAAAUCACUAGACCUGCAUUACACUGCAGAUAUUGCGAAGUACUCCAUAAAUACAUUGCAUUCACUUCUUCUCGUUCUUUGGAACUUCUCGGGUCAGAAUAGAGUUCGAACCGCUUGUCUUUCAACUUGUCAUCAUGACCAAGAGCUUGGAAACUUUCUUCCAAGUCCACAGAUCGCAUUUGCAAUACUAAUUGAGGCCGGGCUAUCGCUCGCUAAAUACGCAAAACCAGGCAAUCAGGUUACACAGAGACAAUCUGAUACAGCGGCAGCAACAUCAUCUCUGCCACGUUGUACCCCUGACCACAUCGGUAUUUGCC